AUGGGAAAAUUAAAUGUAAGCCUGUUGCGUUAUCUAACGCAAGAAGAUUUCCGCGUUUUAACAGCAGUUGAAAUGGGCAUGAAGAAUCAUGAAAUCGUUCCAAUAAACCUAAUUACUUCUAUUGCUGACUUGAAACAUGGCGGGUGCCAUAAGGUUUUGCGUCAACUGGAAAAACAUAGACUUUUGCGGUUUGAACAUGGCAAAAGUUCUGGUUAUCGACUAACCUUUACCGGUUAUGAUUACCUUGCAUUGAAAGCCUUAGCAUCACGAGAUACGAUCAGUUCCUUCGGUAAACAAAUUGGAGUAGGCAAGGAAUCUGAUGUAUUCAUUGUAGUUGGCGAAGAAAAAGAAUACGCUUUAAAAAUACACAGACUAGGUCGUAUAUGCUUCCGAAAGUUAAAAGAGAAGAGAGACUAUUUAGGAAAACGUCGUAGUGCUUCAUGGAUAUAUCUAUCGCGAUUAUCUGCAACAAAAGAAUAUGCCUUUAUGAAGGCUUUAUAUGAUGUUGGCUAUCCUGUGCCGACACCGAUUGACUAUAACAGACACUGCGUUGUCAUGGAUCUUGUUAAUGGUCACCCUCUAUGUCAUUGUCAUUCCGUAGCUGAUCCGGCCAAAUUAUAUGAUGAAUUGAUGAAUCUAAUAGUCUUGCUUGGAAGUUUCGGAUUAAUUCACUGCGACUUCAAUGAAUUCAAUAUUAUAUUGGAUGAAGAUGAUCAUCCCAUUGUCAUUGAUUUUCCACAAAUGAUUUCAAUUCAUCAUGAAAACGCCAAAUGGUAUUUUGAAAGAGAUAUUGAAUGUAUUCGAACAUUUUUUUUGAGACGAUUCAAAUUUGAGAGUGAAUUGUAUCCUAAAUUUUCAGAUAUAAGGAAAGAACGUAGCCUUGACCAAGAAAUUAAUGCUAGUGGAUUUACAAAGGAAUUAGAAGACAACUUCAAUGAGCUGGUAACAAUUUUUCUAUACCUAAUAAUUCUAUUUACUAGUAUAACCAACCGCAUCCUUAUACUAUGUUGUUAUAUUGCGUCUUUCUUUGGUAGAUGGAAGGAAUUGAUUUAA